UACGUAUUCAAAACACAGAAGUGAGUCCAAUGUGUAGCCUGCAAGGCGGGGAGGCUCUGUCAAAAACGAGCGUUGAAGGACGCAUGUUUCGUGGUUUUUAGAAAGUAGCCAGGGCUGAUGGUUAGAAAUAAAACUCCAUGCGCGACAUGAGAUUUGGUGCUCGUCUCAAACACCAUGAACUUCAAACUCCUCUUCUUAUGGCUCCUGUACUUCGUCCAGGGUCUGCCGCAUGGCUUGCAGUCCUCACUUCUGCCUAUCUACCUAAGAUCUUCUGGCCUUUCUUUAACCAGAAUCAGCCUAACUAAAGCUCUUUACUUCCCAUGGAUACUCAAAGUACUGUGGGCGCCCCUCGUUGACCAGGUGGGCACUAAGAAGAGGUGGCUGAUGGGUAGUAUGUUGGGACUGGCCUUGGUGUGUCUGGCCAGCUCUGCCCUGUCUCCAGACAGCCACUUUCCUAUGGUCAUAAUGGUGCUGCUGGCCAUGAACUUUCUGGCGUCCGUGCAGGACAUCGCUGUUGACGGCGUGGCGGUGCAGCUCCUCCAGCGACAGGAGGAGGUGGGUUACGGCAACAUGGUGCAAGUCGUGGGCUACAAGAUGGGUUCUGUGCUGGCCGGCGGGGGUUUGCUGGCUGUCAUGGAUGUCGUGGGCUGGAGUGCCAUUUUCCUGGUGCUUAGCUGCAUGUACUGCGCGGUCGUCUUGUACAUUGUGAGGACUCCAUUUCUGAACAAAUAUCAAAUGAACCCAAGUGAUGAGAAGAGGUGUCCAGCUGGAGGACUCAACCCCUGGAACGUAUGGAAGGAACUGAUGACUGUGCCUGGCACCCUGUGGACUGUCAUUUAUGUCCUCAUUUACAAACUAGGUGAGCAAGGUGCUGUGACCAUGUUUCCCCUCUUCCUUCUGGACCAUCACAUGAGUGCCCGGGAGCUGGGCAUCUGGAACGGAAUGGUGGCCAUGGGUUUCUCCGUUUGCGGCUCCUCUGCUGCCGGGAUACUUAUCGCGCGGCACAGCAUCGGCUACCUGAUGAGGAGUGCCUUCAUGCUGAGAAUGUAUAGCAUGGCCUUCCAGACCAUCCUGUUACUCCUCUACAGCCAAGCUUCCCUGAUGAAAGGUGCUGCCAUACUGAGUUUGUGCAUUCAGCAUUUUCUGGGUGGACUCAUCACUACUCUCACGUUCACCACCAUGAUGAACUGCACCCAGAAAGCAGAAGAAAGCAUACAGGCCACUCACUACAGCUUCCUGGCAACACUGGAGGUGCUGGGGAAGUUGACCUUCAGCGCCCUGGCGGGAUGCGUGGUGGACUGGCUGGGAUUCCCAGUCAGCUUCCUUAUCUUCCUGCUUCUGUCUGCUGCCGCAACGCUCCACGUCUGCAAAGCCACGGAGGGGGGGCAGCUGAAGCACCAGACUAGCUAACACACUGACUGUGGUGGGGUUGGACUGGUUGGACUGGUUGGAGAGGUGGAGUUCGCUGCUGAAGCUCUUCCUAUAGGUGGCCUUCAAUAUGCUUCUGAUGCAUUAGGAACAUUCUGAGUUUUAUAUUAUUUUAAUCUAAGCUGCACAUGGAAUGAAUAAAGCUCUUUGGAGAGUU